AUGAAGGACCCACCGAAACAAGAAGAGGAGGAUAACUCAGAGCUUCCGACGAUCGAACCAUUUAGGAAGGAAGUUCUGGACCCCUUUUAUCGUGAUAGAAAAGUGUUGGUGGGCUCCCUCUUAUUUGAAGAUGAGGUAGACCAAAUAAUGAAGUUGUUAAGAGAAAAUAAGGACGUGUUCGCGUGGUCACAUAUAGACAUGACAGGGAUCGACCCAGAGAUUGCAUGUCAUCGGUUGAACGUUGACCCAAACCACCCACUGUACCAACAGAAGCAAAGGAGGUUCGCACCUCAGCGAAAUCAAAUUAUUAGCGAUGAAGUGGACCGGUUGCUUAAGGCAAGGUUCAUUUGA